AUGCAGUUUAUCAACGACAGCUAUCAUCUCACUGACGAUCGGGAUACCCAGCUUGAUGCAGGUUAUCUCAUAGAUCAACUUGAUAGCAUGCGAGACAGUCUAGAAACGCUUGCAAUCACGCAUGAGAUUACCGAUGACGACUCGGAUUUGGAAUGGCUGCUGGAAUUGCUGACGAACCAGAAGAGAUCGUUUAAACACUUCACCAACCUCAAGCAUCUCACCAUUCCACAGUUGUUCAUUUUCAAUGCGGAGCCGGCAGAUUGGCUGGAAGACUGCUGCCAGCCGAGAGAUUUGCCACCAAAGCUCGAGACGUUGGAGAUCCUUUAUCCUCAAACAGAUAUAGAAGACUGGGUAGAGCGCUUCGAACUCCCAGAGUAUCAAUACAAUAGGGCCUUAGCCAUUCAAGCCAAGCUGCCCUCGGCUUUGCGGAGGAUCACAUUGACGUGUCGCGACGAAGUUGGCUCAUCUGCAUCGUUCUUCACAGAGUACGUAGACGCGAUCUGGCCGAAGCUGUCAUUGAGUCUCCAAAUUCAGACGUAUGUCUUCUGUCAGAUCCAAGGAACUAGGUACAACUUGAUAGACUCCUAUGAGGAAGAGCAUCGCAUCAAGGACGAGGAAACGACUGACAGCGCAGAGGAAACGACUGAUAGUGGAGACUACAAAGAGCAUUCUGGACCUCGGGUGUAUCCUACGACCGACAGCGAAGAGGAAACGACUGAUAGUGAGACUACGUAG